UCUCUGUCUCUAUGCUAUCUUCAUCUGUCAAAUGCUAAUAUUAUUAUUCCUUGUAUAAAAAUAAAACGUUAUAAUCGUUUACGACGGUCGGUAGGAUUUUCCUUUUAUUGGAAAUUUUUCAUCCUCAGAAUAUAUAAAACAACAAACAUGAGUAAACUUUGCAGACAGGUCUCUAUUGAGACUCCUGGAUCUGCUCUUAAAGAAUGUGUGUUCAGUUUUGAUGUGCCCAUGCCAGACGUGCCCAUGUAUGGCGCAAGGAUUCGAGUAGUAUAUGCAGGCGCUUGCUAUCGAGCGAAUCGGAAUCGUUCCGCGUCAGUAUGCAGCACGUCGUCGGUUUCAUCAAUUGGGAGUUUGACUGCAGAUAUGGAGGGCUUUGGAAUACAUACAUCUACACCAGCCCAUGUUGGCCUACGUGACGGAGCCCUUUUUCCAGGGUAUGAAGUAGCUGGUAUAGUAGAUGCCAUUGGAAAAGCUGCAGAAUGCACUGAUGGUAUAACUGUUGGCACAAGAAUUGUUUUGUAUCCUUACGAAGGUGUCCCACAUGGAUAUGCCGAUUAUAUUGUUGUGCCAGAUUUCAAAUGCUUGGUACCUGUACCGGAUGAGUUACCGCUUAGUAUCGCAGCAAUGUUGCCGACAGGCGCUCUGCUUGCAACGAACACAGUAUAUACGGUCCGCGAAUGUUUGAACAAGAUUUUAGAUGGACCUAACAAAAAGGACAAGGCGACAGUGCUAAUCGUGGGAACUGGCGGUCUAGCUCUUUGGGCAUUGCGUAUUGCUUCGCACUACUUUCAGCAAUUGCCAUACCAUAGCCGCAUUCGUAUAUCCGUUGCAACUUUGACCGACGAAGGGAUAGUCUUAGCCAAGGAAGACGAAGAAAUAAAGGUAGUGCAGUGGACUGAAGACCUUUACGAGAAGCAGCUGAUAGAGCGCACGGUGGACGCCUGCGGCGGGCUCGUGGACAUCGUUCUUAACUUUGGAACUACCUCGCGCUCUUUGCAUCGCUCGUUGCAGUGCCUUGCUCCGGGCGGCAUGGCGCUCGUAACAGAAGAGGUCGGCGAAAAGCUACUGCCCAAGUUUGCCAAGAAGGCCGAAGAUAUGAAUGUAAACAUUGUGAUUGUUCCCAAUGGAAGUAUUGAGCAACUAAAGGAAUUGGUGCAAUUGGUUGCUAAAGGGGAGAUCGAGCCCCCGCCGCACUCAGUUUAUCCUGCGGAGGAGGCCCAAGAAGUGGUAAGAAAACUUUGCAAUUCCGAAAUAAAAGGUCGUGCCAUACUCAAAUUUCACAACAUUGAUUGAAUUAUUUUAAUUUGAGGCUCUUGACCAAAGUUUAUAUUUAGUUAGAUUUAAGAUUAUUUGAUUUAUUAUAUUAGUGAGGUUGAAAUACAGUAAGACAGUAUAAUGUUUUUUAAUGGAAUUAUUUGACAUGAAAAUUAUUAUUUUUAUUCAGGAUUUUUAUUAUUUUUAUGACGAAAUUAUUGUUAAAGUGUUUUCACAUAUCAAAAAUGAAUUUAUGUAAAUUUUAUUUUUAGAAUAAAAAGACAAUGUUGAAAAAUUGAAAUGUGACCGGUUGAAAUUAAGUCUUAAUAAUCAAUGUCGGUCACUUAGCAACACAUAAACAUAUUUUACAAUUUUUUUUUGUCCUUAGUACAAAUUUAUCGUGUCUGUAUAAUCAUUGUCAAUAAAUAUUAUUCGGGUAAACGUGUAAGAAACCUUUGAUGUGUACGCUUAGGGUAUACUUACAACUCAAUUAUUGAUGUCAUGAAUUGUGUUUAUUAAUAAAUGUUAAUCAUAGAUCAGUAGUCUAUAGAUGUAAGGUAUGUAACAUUUGUAAAUCAACUUCAUAAGUUAUAUAUAACAAAUGAUGUAAUGUUACAUUACUACAAAACAAGUAAUCAUAUUGUGAGAUUAUAAUUUGGAGUUUAUUUUUUUAUUAAUUAUAACGUUUUGAUUGUUACUCUACCGUCCAUCAAUAACGCACAUAGGAAAAUAAAAAAUUGCUGCAAUUUUUUUAUUAUUGAUACGACUACGGUAUUUUCUUAAUACGGCGUUCAAUAGGUAUUUAAAUCAAUUGAACGCUUAACAAAUAAAAUCGUAUAGUUUUAACAUGUCCUUUCGAUCGUUCUUUAGACGUCAAAAUAUAAUAUACCCAUACACUGUUAAGUUGUUUUUUAAUUAAAAGUGAAUAUACUUAUAUACUUUGAAUUCACAGAAGUUCAUUCUUAUUUAUCGUUUCUGCCUUUGCUUCUAAAAGUUCUACAUACUCCUGGAAUGUUUUUGAUUGCAAGCUGGUAACAUUAAUAUAUUUUUUAGAAUUAGUUUGAGCUUUAAAACUCCUAUAAUACCAAAAUUGCAAUUACAUAAAUAUUAAUAUAUAAGUAUACAUAAGUAUACUUUUAAUUAUUUUGUAUGUAAAUAAAAAUUUAACUUUUUGUUCUUUAGCUUUGGUUUUAUACUAAAACUUUAAACAUACUAAAGAGAAAUUUUACAUGUUUAUUUUUUAUAUGUAUAACAUAUACAUUCUUAGUGUCAAUAAUGAGAGAAUAGCGAGAUGUCAGCAGUCAGAGACCUAUUUCGUAUUUUUAGAUAUUUAUACUUUGACAUUUUGCAUAUUGAUGAUGCAAUGGCAACACUGUAUCCAUAGUUUAUUUAAAGAACAAAUAAUUAUCUUUACUUCAGUAUUUUUGCUUAGUAUUUCAAUACCAUGAAAAAUUGUGUAGAUUUUUAUUAAGAAUGUCUGUAAUACAAUAUUUUUAGCUAUAUGUUAAAUAUAAAAUAUUUCUGUGAUGUCAAGAAGAGAUCUUGCAAGUGUGUCAAUAAAUAUAGUUAUUAUGUUUUUUAUAAUA